CUUGAAUUUGAUUGAUGUUCCUGUAUAUCGCUGUCCGCUGUCUUAGGUCAAAGCACAGUCAAAGUCAUAUGUUUUAUGGCGACAGCAUGACAGGUGAUGAUAAUUGGCGCUAUGCUAUGGCAAAGCGCUGUACGGAAGGCAUAACCUCAUUUUUAACUUUUUUUAAAAACCAUUUUAAAAUUUUUGAAGAUUUUUAGUAAUUCGGAACCAUAUGUUUUAUCGUUACCAGAAUGACUACUGUACAAGCUAAAGAUGAAAACUCCAAAGAACAAGUAAAAGAAGUGAAGAAAAUCAAGGAUCAAUGGAUGAUCAGACCAUGCAGAGUAUACGAUGCUGAAUACAGUGAUUGUACAUCUUUCGCCGCUAGAUUCAACCAGUACUUUAUUUAUGGCAAAACUCUGGACUGCUCCCAGUGGAAGAAAGAUUCUAUAAGCUGUCAUAAAUGGAUUGACAAUGAAGAUGCUGAAGCUGCUAGGGCACUGGUUCACAGUGAAAAAGUCAGGAGGAGAAACAGACUACUGCCCCAUGUCCAGAAUGAUGUCUGGCAAAAAAGAAAAGAAGCACCUGCAGAUUGGAAUAAACCAUUACCUGAACAUAUGCAGAAAGAAUAUGAAAACACAUACUUGAACGUAAAAUCCAAAGAACUUAAGGGUGAAGUACCACCGAGCAUUGAUCUUCCAUAUACAGGAGGAUGUACAAUAUUAUAGCAUAACAUGAUCUUAGUCCAUUGUAAAAUAAAUAGUAAAUACUUGUAAAUAUAUUUAUUAUUUAGUGUUAACCAUUUUUCGUAUUUCCUCA